GGCAGAGACAGGCCUCCCCUAACUACAGAACAUUUCUCCAAGCAUCAUGGCUCAGCCAAAAUCCAUGCAGAGCGAACCCAUGCCUUUAGAUAUGGAGAACCGUGACCCCAAUAACAUGAAUGAGCAUGUCAGGGUGAGUAUAGCACCAAUUAUGGUAGUGGGGGUCUUUGGGGGUUUCAAGAUUAGAACAUAUGGAGUUGUGGGCAUCUUGGUAUAUUACUCAUGGAUGGAAUAUUAUUGUAGCAGAAUAUUAUCUAGCUCUUGGAAGUAUAUAAAUAUCUGCGGCAUAUCUUACUUUUAUUAAUCUGCUUUCUAGAGAGCUAGUAUAAGUCAAUGAUGAUUUUCCAGGAUAAUCGCUUAGUCAGGGACAAUCACAAAAUAAUACAUUACAGAAAUACAUUGUUUAUUAACAAUACAUUGGUUUAACCCCUUAAGGACCAAACUUCUGGAAUAAAAGGGAAUCAUGACAUGUCACAUGUCAUGUGUCCUCAAGGGUUUAAACAGCUGAUGGGGAAGAUUUAUCCAACUUUACUAUAAUCACAACUGGGCAAUAUGCUGCAAUUCAAAUUUCAAUUUGGAGUUUAAUAAAUAAACCGGUAGGUUUCUUUAAAGAUCCUGUUCUUAAAUAUAAUGCCAUACACUAUACCAGUAGGGAUUAAUACUGCUGCCAAAUAAGCAGGAUUUAUGGCUGACAGCAUGGGAUAUCACUGUAUUAAUUACAGAGAUUCAUCCAUUAGUAAUUGAACCAGCUUAUGUUAACAUUGUACUAGUUCAGGCUCAAAUAGGCAAAUGUUUUUGAACUGGCAGCCAAGGCAUCAGGGGAGCUAUAGGGAUUCAUAUACCUGCCAAGUGUCCCUAUUUAGGAAGGACAGUCACCCCCACUCACACCCCUAAAAGUAAAGUGUCCCUCUUUGUCUAUUUGAAAUGCUGUGAGGUGUGGAUUUAGUUCCACCAGGGGUCCUGUCUGUUAACUCUACAUGCACUAGAACAGAGGUUCCUAAUUCAUUUCUCCUGUGGAACCCUUUGGCAUUGUGUACCAACAUUGUGGAACCCCCAAAAUGUUUUGCGCCGUAGCACAAACCGUUUAAUUAGCAGAUUGUAAUUUUUUGCCUUUUUGGCAGAUUUCGUUUUUUGGUAUAUAUAUAUACACUAAUUUCUACAGAUAGUAAACAGAUUGUAAUGCUUAGGAGUAGUUGUACUUUUAUGUGUAGAGUUGGUGUUUGUAAAUAAUUUUAUCGGUUUAAUACAUUGUGGAACCCCAAAAAUAUUUGUGCACACACCACAAACCUGUUAAUUAGCAGAGUGUCAUGUUUUACUUUUUGACAAAUUUCAUUUUUGGUAUCUAUAUAUAUAAACAAAGUAAGACAGGAGCACUUGCUUGGAUUUUCAAAAAUGUAUUAUGAAGUGUUCAUCAACCUUAGAUCAACGUUUCGACUCUUCAUGGUCUUUAUCAAGAUGGGUCGAAACGUUGAUCUAAGGUUGAUGAAAACUUCAUAAUACAUUUUUGAAAAUCCAAGCGAGUGCUCCUGUCUUACUUUGUUUAUCUAUCGGCCUGGAGGCACCCGGGUAGUAUUGCUUUGAUUUCUUUGUUUUGGGUUGAGUGCCAGAGUCUGGACUUUUAUAUAUAUAUAUAUAUAUAUAUAGAUAUAUAUAUAUAUAUAUAUAUAUAUAUAUAUAUAUAUAUAUAUAUAUAUAUAUAUAUAUAUAUGUAUUUAUAUAAAAAUAAAUAAAUAUAUAUAUAGACACUAAUUUCUACAGAUGGUAAACAGAUUGUAGUACUUAGGAGCAGGUAUGUUUGUAUGUGUAGAGUUGGUGUAUAUAAUUGCAGCUUUUAACACCGGGGUGUGUUUGUAUGUUUGCAUUUGCAUACAGAGGUGUGUUUGGAUGUAGUGUUGGCUCUUAAAUGCGGAUGCACACACUGACACAGAGAUACACACAUUGGCACAUACACACACACACACACAGGGCCGGAAUGGGAAUUAAAAGCAGCCCUGGAAAAAAAAUAUUUACCAGCCCCAUAAUGCGUCGCGCCAGCAUAGUGUGCAGAUACAGAGUUAGAACAGGUAAAUUAAAAUUAAAAAGUACUUCAACGUAAAAAGCCCACUCAUAGGCUUGCAAUGGUUAAUAUAUUGUAUAAACGAUUGUGGGGUUUGAAUGCAUACGCUGACAAUCGUGUAUACAUGAUUGGAGACGUGAAGGCGUUAAAGUACAUGCAUUGUAACUAAGUUAAUCAAGCUAUCUGUAAAUUAUCAGUCCAAUUUAAAGGGGCACUUUAAGCAGCUGGAUUUUUGCAUGCCCAAUAUCUGUAUAAUUUUUAAGGGGUUUCAAAACAAGAAUAUUUUUAUUGUUUGUUUUAACCUUGUUAACGUGAUCUAGUGCUUCCAUUCCAAAAUACUUCUCAAACUCCAAGGGGUGAAUUCACAUCUGACAUAACCAGAGGCUGUUUUUUUAAUGAAAACUGUCAUUGACUCCAUAGGUAAAUCCUGGACAGACUGAUUUGUUUGGGGCAAAAGGAAUUUGAUUUGUUCAUAUCAGCUAAAAUUUGAGUAUAGUGGCCAUGAAAGUGGACAUCCUUGCCCCAUAACCUGCUUUUAAAAAAAGUUGAAUAAAGGUGGCCUAAUAAACUUCUCGCCCAUUAUUAGUAACAUUCAACUUGAAUUCAUUUCAAACGUGUUGAGCAAUUCAACACAUCUAACUAAAUCAAACUUUAAACCAUCUGUGGUAAAGCCAGGAGUGCGGGUUGAAGUAAGGACCUGCCCUGCUACCUGUACACGGGGGCCCAGCACACUCUGUGUUCCCUCUCUGUUUCUCACAUUCGCGAGACCCGCGGCCGCCAGAGCGUUGCCAUGGUAACCACAGCACGCAGGCGAGUCUUGCGAGAGUUAGACAGAGCUGGAGAGGGAACAGAAAGAGUUCUGGGUCCCCGUGUGCAGUGGCUGGCUCCCUCCACCGGACCACCAGGGAAUGAGAUCUCCCCCCUCCCUGACAAGGUAAGAAGCAGGGAGGGGGGAAUAAAAUAAAAAAUAUACACACAUAAAUUGGAAAAAAAAUUGCUUCCCCACCUAACACACACACACAUCAUCCCUCAUCACACACAUCACACCCAUCAUCCAGCACACACACACACCCUCCCCCCUUUCCCUGUGUCUCUCCCUCCCCUUUCCUGUGUCUCUCCCUCUCCCUAUUCCCUCCUGCAUCCUCUCCCUCCCCUUUCCCUGUGUGUCUCUCCCUCUCCUCCCUCCCCUUUCCUGUGUCUCUCCCUCUCCUCCCUCCCCUGUAAUCUCUCCCCUCUCCCUCCCUCCUUUCCUGUCUCCCCUCUCCCUCCCCUGUCCUGUGUCUCUCCCCUUUCCUGUGUCUCUCCCCUCUCCUCCCAGCACCCUGUCUCUCCCAUCACCCUGUGUUUCUCCCCUCUCCCCCUUUCCCUGUGUCUCUCCCCUCUCCCUCCCCUCCCCUGUCCCUGUGUCUCCUGGCCCCCCUCCCCUUUUUCCUGUGUCUCUCUCCCCCCCCUCCCCCCUCUUCCCUGUGUCUCUCCCCCCUCCUGUGUCUCUCCCCUGCCCCCAAUUUACCUUAAAGAAGGAAGGGGGCUGGCCGCGUUCCAGACUGGAGCCGCCGGGCCGGGUGGCAGCUUCCCCGGUCCGGCGGCACUCCAGUCACUGGCUGCUGAUGGCUGAAGGAGGAGGAGCCUGUCUACCAUGCUCCCUCGCGGUUCCCACAAUUCCCAGCACAGGAACCGCGAGGGAGCAUGGUAGACAGGUUCCUCCACCAUCAGCCAUCAGCAGCCAGUGACUGGAGUGCCGCCGGACCGGCCAAGCUGCCACCCGGCCCGGCGGCUCCAGUCUGGAACGCGGCCGGCCCCCUCUCAGUAUGCCACCUAUGUGGCAGCAGCCCCCAGGUGCCGCGGCCCACCGGGAAAUUUCCCGGUAUCCCGGUGGGCCAGUCCGGCCCUGCACACACAGAUACACACUGGCACACAGGGCCGGACUGGGAAGAAAAUUCGUCCCAGGCAUUUUUUAAUUACCGCGGCCCACUAAAAAGGGGGCGGGGCCAGGUAGGGUGUGUUUUGUCAUCACCAAUGACAAGCAUGCUCCAUCACAAAGUGAGCAUGUUGGUUCAAUGCUCUUCCAGGGUAGACCAUGCGCAGAGCUCUGCUGAAGAGCUCUGGCAUGAGAAAAAGACACUGUAUUUGUUCUGCACAGCACAAGCAAAUUCAAUAACAUGCUUGCACUGUGUUUGCUUGAAAUUUGUCUCUGGUGUCUCCAUAGUUGGGAUACCAGGAGACAAAAAUGCUAGGAAAGCAUAUUGUGCAGUGUGUGAGGGUGCGCUGUGUGUGCGUGUAAGGGGUGUAGUGUGUGUGUGAGAGGGGUGAAAUGUGUGUGUGUGAGGGGUGUAGUGUGUAUGUGUGAUGGGUACUGUGUUUGCGUGAGGGUGCUAUGUGCGUGUGAGGAAGCUUUGUGUGUCAGGGCUGCAGUGUGUGUGUGUGAGGGUGCUGUGAGUGUCAGGGGUGCAAUGUGUGUGAGUGAGGGGUGUAAGGGGUGCAGUGUGUGUGUAAUGUGCAUGUCAGGGGUGCAGUGUGUGUGUGCUGUGCAUGUCAAGGGUGUAGUGUGUGUGUGUGUGUGUGCUGUAAGUGUUAGGGGUGCAGUGUGUGUGUGCUGUGAGUGUCAGGGGUGCAGUGUGUGUGUGUGCGUGCGCUGUGAAUGUCAGGGGUGCAGUGUGUGUGUGUGUGUACUAGUGAGGGUGCUGUGAGUGUCAGGGGUGCAGGGGUGCAGUGUGUGUGUGUGCUGUGCGUGUUAGGGGUGCAGUGUGUGUGUGUGUGUGUGUGUGUGAGGGUGCUGUAAGUGUUAGGGGUGCAGUGUGUGUGUGAGGGUGCUGUAAGUGUUAGGGGUGCAGUGUGGGUGUGCUGUGAGUGUCAGGAGUGCAGUGUGUGUGUGUUAGUGAGGGUCCUGUGAGUGUCAGCGGUGCAGUGUGUGUGAGUGAGGGUGCUGUGAGAGUCAGGGGUGCAGUGUGUAUGAGUGAGGGUGCUGUGAGUGUUAGGGGUGCAGUGUGUGUGUGUGUGUGUGUGUGCUGUGAGUGUCAGGGGUGCAGUGUGUGUGAGUGAGGGUGCCGUGAGUGUUAGGGGUGUCUGUGAGGCGGAUGUGACUUGGGUGAUUAUUUCCCCCCUUCCUGCUUACCUUAUGCCUGGGAGGGGGGAUCCUGCUGCUGCUGCCAUCCAUCCCUGGUGGUCUAAGUGGUGAGUGAACUCUAGCCUGUGAGGCUAGAGUUCAAUCUCGCGAGACCCGGAGCGUUGUCAAGGAAUAUACUGUAUGUGGGCCAGUGAGGGAGAUCUUUGAUCUCCCCGCCAGCCCGCCAUGGAAUGCAGCAGGGCCAGUGCUCGGAUAGGACCGGCCCUGCAUAGACUGGCAGGAGACAUCCUGUGAUCUUCCCUGCCGGCCUCGGCCCAUGGCCACCUCGGCCCACCUGUUGGCACAUACACACAUACAAAUACACACAAUGAAACAUCACACACAGAUACACACAAUGAAACAUACACAGAUACACACAAUGGAACAUAAACACACAGAUACACACACUGACACACAGGUACACACACUGGCACAUACACUCAGAUACACACACUGACAGAUACAUAUAGGCCAUGAUUUUUAUAUUUGCCGCCACCCUCCUAAUAGCAUAACUUUUGUCUGCAGGCUUAGGUUAGUGUGUGGAGCCUGCAGCACCUCACUCCCUCCAGCAUGGCGCAUUUUAUGACUGGGAGCAAGUGACUGGCUGUCACUUCCUCCCAGCAUCUGAUACUGCAGGUUGCUCUCUUAAACGGCCGCGGCACCUUGCCCCUGUUCAGCAAUUCACAUUGGUUGAACCUAAGUGCAUGGGCCACCUGAUGGGCAAAUCGUGACAGAAACCCUGUUUUGUUCUCGCAGAACCCAACACCAAUUGGGAAAUGCUGCACUAGAGACACACAAAGCAAAAAGUACCAAGCUGGCACUUGACUCCAUAAAACUGGAAUGGUUGGCACUAUGUACAGCAACAUUCAUCCAAAACAAAUACUCUUUUAGGACAGCUUCUGUUUUCAGGUCAACAUUUCAGGUUGUAAAAAAAUUCACACCAUUCCUGGAGAAACAUAGAAUGUGACGGCAGAUAAGAACCAUUCGGCCCAUCUAGUCUGCCCAAUUUUCUAAAUACUCUCAUUAGUCCCUGGCCUUAUCUUAUAGUUAGAAUAGCCAUAUGCUUAUCCCACGCAUGCCUGCCCUUCAACAAACCCCUGCAACUCCCUCCCCACAAAGACCUGCCUCUCCCUCUAAAGCCCCUGCUCAGCCCCUUACAAUAGAAUUCAUUUUUUUAAAACAACAUUAGCAACAGUCUUCAGAGUCCAGUCCCAGGCACAUAGUCAAUCGCACACAGUUACAGGCAGACAGUCACACAAAGAGUUACAGACAGUCACACAUACAAUUAUAGGCAGACAGUCACAGGCAGAUAGUGACACACACACACAAAGUUACAAUCACAUGCAGACAGUCAUACACACAGAGUCACAGGCACACUGUCACACACAAACAGUAACACACAGAGUCACGGGUAGACAAUCACACACACAGUAACACACACAAUUACAGGCAGUCACACACAUGCGCAGACAGUCACACACAGAAACACACACAAUUACAGGCAGUCACACACACACGCAGGCAGUCACACACAGAGUCACAGGCAGACAGUCACACACAUACACGCAGACAGUCACACACACACACACACACACAGAGUAACAUGCAGUCACACACACAAAACUCUCCGUCUCUCUUUCUUACUUACUGACCUAUGGGCCGCAGGAGGAGUGGAUCCAUUGAAGCUCCUGGAGUCUGUAAAUUGGGGAAGCAGGAACUCCAUCCUGCUUCUCCUCGAUGUGCAGCAGUAACAGCAGCAGGUGGAGGCCGUGUUUAGCUCUGCCCCCCUGCUGGAGUGGCUCUGCCCCCACUGCAUAUUAGCUCCACCCCCAUUUUCCUUAGAUGUGUCUGGUUUUGAAGUUCUGGGGCCCCUGCGUGUGUGGGGCGCCCUGUGCGUCCACACAAAUCACACAUCCUAAGGCCGCCCUAGUCAUGGCACCCCCCAAGUGUGUGGCACCCAGGGCGGACUGCCCCCCCCCUUAGUACGCCACUGGUCUGUCCAAUCACAGACUUCCCAAUGCAGCUCAAUGAGAGGUCUUUGCAAGGCAGAUGCUCUAAGCAGUUGCUGCCUCUGAGUUUAGCUCCACUGAGCCAACCAAAACAGGAAGUAAUUUGAUGUGUUGUCUGCUUUAAAGCCAGGGGUCACUAGGUUAAUUUAUAAGAGUGUCAAUUUCUAUUUAAAUCUAUGCUUUAUGCACAUUGAAAAAAAAAAAAAGAGGACACACUCUUUACAUGUAAAGCUUUUCAGCAAAAUGGCUUUAGGGAUCUGGAGUGUUCCUUUAAUCUGAACUCUCUCUGAAUUAAUUUUGCAAUUGUUUUCCCUUUUAUGUAAGGGGAAUACACAAUAAUUAACAAUGGUUUUUAAGUUGUACAAAACAGGCAGAACCAGGAACAGAUUGCAAGGUAACAAGACAAGGGAAAUCAUAUAAUUACAAGGUUGGCCGGGGGCUACACAUCCAUUGGUAUUUCUUAAGAGAUACUCAUCAUUUCAAUUAUUUUCUAUAUUGCAGUAGAUCGUGCCCAUUAGAUAGUACAAUGCACAAAAGGAGUUACCUCAUGUGCACACUUUAUCUCAUAAAAUAAUUCAAUAAUUUGAGUGCAUGGCAUAGUUAAAGGAACACUAUAGCAUUAGGAAGUACCAAGAUAGUUUAGGUCCCCCCCACAUCUGUAUUAAAAAAAUAAAUAAUUAAAAAAAUAUAUAUAAAUGAAUAACUCACCUUUUCAACAUUGUCGAGUCUCCUUCAGCACUGCCACAACCUUUCUCUUGGGUUGCGUCAGGAUGACAGACCAAUCCUCAUAGAGGAGCAUUGGGAAAUGCAGGUGCAUGCGCACACCUACAAUUCCUCCAUAGACAAUCAUUGAAUACAAUGAUUCUCUAUGGCCAACACACGAUGACCCAUGCACGCGUGGCGUCAUUGUAUGCUACAGAUAGAGACACGAGAAAUAAGAUUCCCAGUUUUUAUACCCAGAGGGCUUGAAGCCACACCUCCAAGCCUUUUAUUUAGCUUAAUAUUUGGUUUGGGGGUAGGACAAUCAGAUGAAGUUGUUAAAGCGUCACUUUAUGAACUCAUGCAUAUCAAAUAGCAUGACCUUGGGGACAACAAUUUUAAAUCAAGAAACAGGCACCGAUCAUAAUAUAACUUGAAACCUUGACACAAUUUCGUUUUAAUUGUUGGAUGUUGAAUCACCUAAUACUGUUGUCUUUUCUCACCAGGUCCUCUUCGAAGAUACCUUUGGAGAGCCAGAGGGAACCCACAGUAUUGACGGGGUAUGGGGUAUGUCCUUCAAGACAUUCAACGGGGUGAAGAACUGUUGUUACAUGGUGCUGUCCAUUCUAUGCGGCUGCCCACUGGCCUUCUGCUGGGCCCUGGACUUCGCUUGCAUUCAGUGCUGUCACAUCUGGAUGAUUGGACCUUGUGUGCACUGCUGGAAGAUGAAUUUGUCCUGUCUGAAGAUGUUUUGGAGCUCAUGCGUGCAUUGUCUCUGCGACCCAUGCUGGGAAGCAUGCGGCCUGUGUCUCAGCCUCAUCCGUGUACAAAACAAAAACGGAUAAUAUACUGGUCCUCACCUCAUCAGCUCCUAAUCCUGACACUACUGAGGUCCAAUGUUACACACGUUGACAUUGCAAUGGUUCCUAAGUCCGUAGUAUUCUUUCACCACAAGGACAACCCAACCAUGAGUAACUAUCAGACUGUUAUUUAAGCUAUAAUUUAAACAUUACAACAUUGUGAUACCAGUUAUUUAAAAUAAAAGUUUUGUGCCUCAAAA